UUUUUGACAAGUUCAUCAAUUUUUGUGAUUGUGUGGUGUUUUGUGGUGCAUGUUUUGAUAAUUUGUGAAAUAAUUAAAUAAAUCGGCUUGUUUUAAUAAGAAAUGACUGGGAACAUUAAUCAACAAUGAAGAAGGAGCGCACAGGCGACAAUUGUCGCCCAUUUAAAUUAGCCCAUCAAAUUCUAAGUUUGACUGGAAUAAGUUUUGAAAGGAAGAGCGUUAUUGGUUUCGUAGAGCUAACAAUCGUUCCUCUAAAGGACAACCUCCGUUAUAUUCGACUGAACGCUAAACAAUGUCGAAUAUAUCGCGUUUGCCUCAAUGAUCAGUAUGAAGCCAAUUUCCAAUACUUUGAUCCAUUUUUGGACAUUUGUCAAGCUGACCCCAAUACGAGAUCCUUGGAAGUGUUCUCCCAGUUUCAUUUGUCUGCUGCCCAAAAGAUAGAUCCGGAUCAUAAUUCUGGAGAGCUCCACAUCCAGAUUCCUGAAGAAGCUGCACACUUAGUAGGAGAGGGCCGAGGACUCCGCAUUGGUAUUGAGUUCUCACUUGAAUCCCCUCAGGGAGGAAUGCAUUUUGUUGUGCCAGAGGGUGAGGGAAGUUUAGUAGAGAAAUCAGCUCACAUGUUCACAUAUGGUCACUCAGCACGACUCUGGUUUCCAUGUGUAGACAGCUUUGCGGAACCUUGCACAUGGAAACUAGAAUUUACCGUUGAUGAAAGUCUUACUGCGGUGUCGUGUGGAGAGCUAUUUGAAGUAGUGUAUACUCCCGACCAUCGAAGAAAGACCUUUCAUUACUUGGUUAAUACUCCUGCUUGUGCUCCUAAUAUUGCUUUAGCUAUUGGGCCUUUUGAGACCUAUGUGGAUCCGUUUAUGAAUGAGGUUACGCAUUACUGCUUGCCCAACUUGCUGCAGAUAUUGAAGAACACUGUGAGAUAUUUACAUGAAGCAUUUGAGUUUUAUGAAGAAACUCUCUCUACUAGAUAUCCUUACCCCUGCUACAAACAAGUUUUUGUUGAUGAGACUGAAGAUGACGCAACAGCCUACACAACGAUGUCAAUCCUAAGCACCCACCUCCUCCAUUCCAUCGCUAUCAUAGACCAAACGUACAUCAGUCGCAAGGCCAUGGCUCAAGCCGUGGCAGAACAAUUCUUCGGCUGCUUCAUCACGAUGCAGAACUGGUCAGAUCUCUGGCUAGCCAAGGGCAUACCUGACUAUAUGUGUGGGUUGUACUCCAAGAAGUGCUUCGGUAAUAACGAGUACCGGUAUAUUAUUCACCAGGAGCUGCAAGAGGUUGUCGGCUAUGAAGAACAAUAUGGCGGCAUAGUCUUGGAUCCCUGGCAGCCGCCCGCCAGUGGAGCGCGCGUCGAACCCAAGGAUGUAUUCUAUUUCCCCGUUCGGAAUGUCCACACUAUGUCUCCGCGUUAUAUUGAGAUAAUGCGAAAGAAAUCCCACUUAGUACUAAGAAUGUUGGAACAACGUAUCGGUCAGGAGUUAUUGCUGCAAGUUUUCAACAAGCAGCUCUCCUUGGCAACCAAUGCGGCCAACACGAAGAUUGGCAGUGGGCUCUGGGGCCAUUUAUUGCUUUCCACCAAUCUAUUCGUGAAGGCCAUAUUUACUGUGACCGGCAAAGACAUGGCGGUGUUCGUUGACCAAUGGGUGCGGACCGGCGGCCAUGCCAAAUUUCAGCUCACGUCCGUAUUCAAUCGUAAGAGAAACACAGUGGAGCUAGAGAUCCGUCAAGACUGCGUGCACGAGCGUGGCAUAAGGAAGUACGUGGGGCCAUUGCUCGUACAGUUACAGGAGUUAGACGGGACCUUUAAGCACAUGCUGCAGAUCGAGAACACAGUCGUCAAGGCAGACAUUACAUGCCACAGCAAAAGCCGCCGGAAUAAGAAGAAGAAGAUCCCCUUAUGUACCGGGGAAGAGGUCGACAUGGAUUUGUCGGCUAUGGAUGACUCACCCGUCCUAUGGAUCCGUCUCGACCCAGAGAUGUCACUUUUGCGUAGCACUGUGAUAUCCCAGCCUGACUACCAGUGGCAGUAUCAGCUGCGUCAUGAGCGUGACGUCACCGCUCAGAGUGAAGCUAUCGACGCUCUACAUAACUACCCAGAGCCCGCUACAAGGAAGGCUCUCACUGAUGUCAUUGAAAACGAACAAACGUAUUAUAAGAUUCGGUGCAGAGCUGCGCAUUGUUUGACUAAGGUAGCGAAUGCGAUGAUAAGUUCGUGGGCGGGUCCGCCGGCGAUGCUGACGAUAUUCCGCAAGAUGUUCGGCUCGUUCGCCGCCCCGCACAUCAUCAAGCAGAACAACUUCGACAACUUGCAGCACUACUUCCUACAGAAAACCAUACCGGUCGCUAUGGCGGGCCUAAGGAACAUACACGGCAUUUGUCCACCAGAGGUGGUGCGGUUUCUACUAGAUCUCUUCAAGUACAAUGAUAAUUCUAAGAAUCAUUUCUCCGAUAACUAUUAUAAGGCGGCUCUAGUUGACGCUUUGGCUGCUACCAUUACACCUGUGAUAUCAGUAUUGCAACCGGGCGCUCCAAUAACAGCAGAUUCAUUAUCAGCGGACACAAGAUUAGUUCUAGAGGAAAUCACCCGUGUACUAAACUUGGAGAAAGUGUUGCCAUGCUACAAGAACACAGUGACCGUCAGUUGUCUCCGCGCUAUUCGCAGGCUGCAGCAGUGUGGCCAUCUGCCCAGUAUCCCCACUGUGUUCAGGGCAUAUGCUCAAUAUGGACAGUAUAUUGACGUAAGACUAGCGGCUUUCGAGUGUCUAGUAGACUUUGUACGGGUAGACGGCAAGCCAGAAGACCUGUCGUCUCUACUGACUGCGGUAGAGAGUGACCCGGACCCGUGCGUGAGACACGGGCUCGCUCGCCUGCUGAUCAAUAUGCCGCCCUUUGAGCGAGCGCAGAGACAUCGACUGGAUACUGAAGCUGUGGUGCAUAGGCUUUGGAACAACAUGAACAGCCUUCUAUCAAACGACGCGAGACUUCGUUGCGACCUGGUAGAUCUGUACUACACGCUAUAUGGCCUCAAGAGGCCAAUUUGUGUGCCUCUACCAGAAAUUCAGGCCAUGAUGAAGCAAAUGCACCACAAAGAAAGAGAGCGGCUAGAAAGAGAAAGGGAGAGGGAGAAAGAGAAGGAAAGAGAAAGAGAACGCGAUAGAUUGAAGGAGUUGGAGACGAAACCUGUUAUUAAACAGGAGGUGGAGGAUGUUAAAUACGAGCCCGAAGUACCAAUGGACUCCAGUAUACCACUGUCCUCAGUGGACAGAAUGGUGGACGUGCCCCUCGACGAUAUGCUUCCUGUACCCCUGUCUAAUAUCAAGGAAGAAGACGUCAAAAUUGACGUCACUAGUGUGCCGACUGAGUUGCCUAUACGAGUGUUCAGUGAUGACAACAAACGUGAGUUUAUGACGGACAACGCGGUGGCAUUGCCGGGUAUACCCGGUACUUCUGGCCCGGUCGGCUUCGAACCCGGGAUGUUCAAACAUGACAAGGAUGAGAUUGGAGCUCCUAAGGCAAAGAAAAAGAAGAAGGAAAAGAAGAAGCACAAGCAUAAGCACAAACACAAGCACAGCAGCAAAGACAAGUCGAAGGAACACAAAGACAAAGACAGGUCAUUGACCCGCCCCCCCUCAAGCACAGAACAUUUGAAGAUUAAAGAAGAAACAAGGGAGACUCUUAGUUCAUUCAGUUCGAGCCAAAGUCCCUCCGAAGAUAUCUCCUCUAUGCCUAGUAAUAUGAGUUUCUAAAGUUAACUUUAUUUCUUUGUUGUUUAGGUUCGGUUUUGAUUGACAGAUCUUUUACAGUUUAGGUUGAGUUUUGAUUGACAGAUACCAUUUUGAUGAUUCUUUUUGUUAGAAUGAAUCCAUACUUUGACAGGAAAGUUGACUUUAUUUUCUUAUAUUUUAGGUUGCGUUUUGACUAACAAUAUCCUUCUUAAAUUAGACUUUAAGUUAGAUCAGUUUGAGCUAAAGUUCACCACAAGGUAUCUCCUUUAAGCCUUGUAAUGUGAAAUUCGAAAAAAGAAUUUUAUUCGUGCGCUGUAUAGGUUCUGUUUUGCUUGGCAGGUCUGUCUUCAAGUGUUUCUUACUAUAUUUAUUGAAAAGUAAACGUUAUUCUUUUGUUGUUUAGAUUAACUUUUGAAUUGACUAAGAAACAGCGUCGUCGUUUUCAAAUUUUUGUUUAUUGUAAUCGAAACAAAAUUAAUACCUUGAAUGACUUUUAAGCAAAAUUAUAAGGACGAUGGAAGUUUUUUAAACUUAUCCUAUCUAAUUCUGACUGAUAGUGUAUUCGAAUAAAUUUUAUAAAAAUAAAAUUUUGAUGACGUAAAUCUUUUAUCAAAUAGGAAAAGAAUACGUGUAAUAGUGUAUGCAAAUUGAACAAAAAUUGAAUAAUAAGAAUAAUGUCAAGGUCUACGAAUAAUUUUGAAUAUUUUUAAUACAUAUCUAUUUCACUAGAUACUGCAGUCUGUUUUUAGUGAACCGGUUCAAAGUUAUUUUUGAUACGGAAAUUUGUAGUAUGGCUCUUUUUGUUCAAAUUCAACCGCAGUGACUAGAAGUUUUCUCUCGAGUAAAACCCAUUUUCUGUAGAAAUGAAAACUACGUAUAAAAACUGACACUAAUCGCGCACAAACAUACAGGUUAAACAGACCCUCUUUUUUGAAGUCGGUUAAAAUAGUUUCAGAGCGUCUUUUAAUUUUCCCAAUACAAAAUGCACUUUAUUCAUAUCUAGAAAAAAGUUCAUUUUGUGUUAUACAUACAUACUUGUUAGUAUUUAAAGUACGACAUAUUUCUCAAUUUUGUAAAUAAUUUGGUUGUGCAAUUUGCGCGAAAGAUUUGUAUGAAAGUUUUUAUAUUCGUUAGGAUUAAAACUUAAUUGGUCUAGGUACUAAAAAGGUUAUCAUGCCUAAUAUAUUUCAGUACAUAAAUAAUAUUGUCGUAAAAAGUCGAAAAUAUAAUUUUCACUGUAAGAUUUGUGGUGAUGUCAAUAUAAAAACGUGAAAAAUUGGAAAUGUAAGUGGAUAUAUGUGUUUAAAGAUUUAUAAUUAAGUUAAGUCGAAGUAGAAAUUGUAUGUUACUAUAAGUGAUGAAAAUAAAUGGAUAGUAUUUUC